UUAGAAGAAACGGGACCCAUAAAAUCCCAGUCGUGGAUCCCCGCCACCACUCACCCCCUCCCUCGCGGUUCCGCCACCGUCGCCCCCUCCGCAGCGGCCCUUCUUUCUUCAACCAUUACGCUAUACAGAAACAACAGCACUCACAAAUAGAUCGCCGGUUGCAACAAUGGAGGCCGAGCUACCAGUGGAGCCGCAAUCGCUGAAGAAGCUAAGCUUCAAAUCUCUAAAACGCGCCCUCGAUCUCUUCUCACCUCUUCAUGGCCACUUUCCUCCACUGGAUCCUGAAAGCAAGAAGAUUCGGAUGAGCCAUAAGCUCAAUACUGAGUAUAGAGGAGUAAAAGACACUGCAACUUCUAAUGCUAAGGCAGCUGCACAAAGUAAAGCGCAUCAGGCUUCUGCUGCAUCCAAUGCCCUUGCACUCCCAGGCCCUGAAAAUUCAACGGAUCCACAGAAGGGAGUCUCCAAUAAGGAUAUAUUAUGCCAUUCUAUUUCUUUCUUUCCUUUUUUUUUUAAUUAUUUUUUUAUUUUUAUUUUGGGUGUCCUUCAAUUAUUUUCUUUCUGUUAUGCUGGCAAGAUAUGGGAUUUAGCAAGUGGGCGGCUCAAACUCACUCUUACUGGACAUAUCGAACAAAUAAGAGGCCUGGCUGUUAGCAGCAAGCAUACAUACAUGUUCUCUGCUGGUGAUGACAAACAAGUUAAAUGUUGGGACCUGGAGCAGAAUAAGGUCAUUCGGUCUUAUCAUGGUCAUCUGAGUGGUGUUUAUUGUUUGGCUGUUCAUCCAACCAUUGACAUUUUGCUCACGGGCGGUCGAGAUUCUGUGUGCAGGGUGUGGGAUAUUCGCAGCAAAAUGCAAAUUCAUGCACUUUCGGGGCAUGAUAACACUGUUUGUUCAGUUUUCACACGACCUACGGAUCCACAAGUCAUAACAGGUUCUCAUGAUACAACUAUAAAGUUCUGGGACCUUAGAUAUGGUAAAACAAUGGCAACUCUCACACACCAUAAAAAAUCCGUGCGAGCAAUGGCUCUGCAUCCCAAGGAAGAUUGUUUUGCAUCUGCUUCUGCUGAGAAUAUCAAAAAGUUUAGCCUUCCUAGAGGAGAAUUUAUGCACAACAUGCUCUCUCAACAGAAAACAAUCAUUAACGCAAUGGCAGUCAAUGAAGAGGGUGUAUUGGCCACUGGAGGUGAUAAUGGAAGCAUGUGGUUCUGGGACUGGAGGAGUGGUCACAAUUUCCAACAAGAUCAAACACUUGUUCAGCCUGGGUCACUUGAUAGUGAAGCCGGAAUCUAUGCUAUGACCUAUGAUUUAACGGGUUCUCGACUUAUUACUUGUGAGGCAGACAAGACUAUCAAGAUGUGGAAAGAGGAUGAAACGGCAACUCCAGAAACUCAUCCCGUACAUUUCAAACCACCCAAAGAUAUGCGGCGAUUCUAAUGUUCUUGCAUUUAUCUCUGAAGUCUCUUCAUCCUUUUUCUUAUUUACCGCUAUUGGGAAGCUCGAGAAAAGCUCUAUGAUGUGUGAAUUUGCUAAUCGAUCUUCGUAAAUGCAAUCUCGAGAUUUUGAAAUGUACGAGUUAUAAUGGACUGAUUUUAACGGAGGUUUUUUAUGCUACCAUUUGUUGGUGGAAAACUGAUAUGUAACGGAAUCUCAUCUGUAUGAAUUGGAAAUUCGGUUUUGAGUUGCAAAUUGAGAGAUUAAAAGGCCGUUGUGCCUGUUUUUUACUA